CAUGAGUUUGUAACAUUUUCAUAUCUGGCCCCUUCCUGGGGUACCGGUCCGGAACACCUAAAUGGCCAUAACUCCAGAACGGCUGGACCGAUCCGAACCAUUUUCAAUAGGAAACAAUGGGACCAGAUUCCGCGUCGAAUGCACCGUCGGUCAUUAAAAUCGGUUGAGGUUUACUGCCAAAAAGUGAUGUGAGUUUUUUUUGUACACAUACACACAUACACACAUACACACAUACACACACACACACAUACACACACAGACAUCACCUCAAUUCGUCGAGCUGAGUCGAUUGGUAUAUAAGACUUGACCCCUCCGGAGGCUCUAUCAAAUUUUCAUUUUUGGAGUGAACAUAUAGCCUUUCGGUACACCUUGGUGUACGAGAAAGGCAAAAACGAAUCACGACAACUUUGAUUUUGUGUCGAUCUGCUGUGGCAAAUGGGGCUUUUACGUGAACGUCAAACUAUGCUAACUAUAGUGUUGGCCAGAGAUGCCAGAUAAUUUUCUGUAUCACUGGUUCAAAAAUCUGUAUCCCAUACAAAAUAUGGAUGAAAAAUCUGUAUCCCAUACAAAUGGAAAAUCUGUAUUUCAUAUAAACGCUAUCUGUACCGAUGCUCAAAAAUCUGUUUAAUACAGAUAAAUCUGUAUAUAUGGCAUCCCUGGUGUUGGCCAAGAGUUGCAUCAUCACAGUAGGUAUUUUAAAAUAUUGAGACAAUGUAACGUUUGAUGUUCAAUUACAAGUUUCUAUGGUUUCUCAACAACAACCGUUUGUCAAGAGAAAAAAAUCGUAUACUUUUUCAUUCCGUGAUCAGCAGCUGUACAAUCAAGACGAGAAAAUGAGCUCUGAAAAAAUUGAACUUCUCAAGAGUUCCCGCGGGGGCGACAUCCUGUACCUCGAUGGGUAUUUAUUCUACAGAAAUAAAAAGGUUGACGAGUUGCAUUAUUGGGAGUGCCAGAACCGAAGCCACACCACUGAGCAGAGGACACACUGUUCAUCAAGGGUGACCACAAAGCUGAUGAAUGAUGAGCAUGUCCUUGUAUCGGAUAGACCCCAGCAUGAACAUGAGCCCGCUCCACGAAAUGCCGAAACGCUGAAGUUCCGGGACAACAUUAAACGUUCAGCGGCAGCAGACAAUGGACCUCCGGCAAAGUUGGUUAGCAGGGUGGCAGCGGAAUAUAGUACAGUGGUUCAACACCAACUUUCCAUGAACGUCCAAAUCAAAAUCGUGAAACGGACGCGACCAUCUUUACACGGAAAGGAGCCAACAUCGCUGGAAGGUUUUGUUAUUCCGGAAGAACUGCAGAAGACGUUAAACAGAGUACAGUUUUUUUCACGGUGUGGUCGAGUCGAAAGGCGAGAAGGCGCUUAUUUUUACUACAGAAAAAGACUUGCGCAGACUGGCUCAAUCUCGGUUCUGGACGCAACGUUCGAUACGGUUCCUGGCUUGUUUAGACAGCUGUUCAGUAUUCACGGCAGCGUAGGACCCGAUCACACGAGUACGGUGCCAAUUGUGUAUGCCCUAAUGCAGUCCAAAGCAGAAUUGCUGUACCAACAUGUGCUGCUACGCAAUUUGAUAUUGAGCUGA